AAAAUUAAUUUAAUAAAUGAAAAAUUUUAGAAGAAUUCCGAUUCUACAUCUGGAUCCUUGGUACAGAUGCAGAUGGAAAAAAAUGAUGGAUCCAAUAUUCUUCUUGAUGAAUUCAAAAAAUUAAAAAACUAUUCUAAGCUAUCAGUCAAUUUCACUUCGUGUUCAUACCUCCACUUCUCGAAAUUAAUUUUUUUUUCUCUUCCUUACAGAUGGAUGGCUGACUUUUUAUGUUAUUUACCGUAAGCCUCAACAGCGAAAUUCAACAAAAGCAACAGGCUCAAACAAAAUGAUCAACAGUGAAAUCGAUAACCGCCUAGGCAGCGGUGAAGACCUUCAACAGUACGAAAACAACUCCUCCGCCGAGGAUAACUCCAACCGCUCAAGACUUCCAACAACAACCUCACCUGCCCACCGAUCGUCGACCGCAAUGGAUUCGACAUCCUGCCAUCAGAGUAUUAGCUGUUGUAGCUGCUGUAGAACAAGUAGCUGUAGCUGCGGCUGUAGUCGACACAAUUUCCUCAGGCGGCAACGAUGGCACUGUUCAAGCAGCAGCAGCUUAGCCAAUCGGUGUUCCUUGCUCAUAGCUCUCGUAGCGACUUCUCUAGUGUUAAGUUGUUCGAUGGCCCUGCCACAUUCUUCGCAUCAUUCUUCGACGACGACGUUUGGAUCGUCCGGAAGUAGUAGCAGUAGUAGUAAUAGCAGAUCUUCGACUGGUAGCAGCAGUAGUAGUACAAAAAGUUUAGGGGUCUACAUGAUCCGAUCACCGGAAUCGACGACGGCUCCGGCCGGUGAUGAGGUACUGUUUGAGUGUGAACUAAAUCUAAUACCGGAGCGUCUGGAGUGGCGGUUUCGGCCUCAAGAUCGACCCGGGAACCGGGAGGACUACAGCUAUCUCAAUAAACAUGAACACAACGUGAGUACAAGCGAAGGCACCUACAAACUUCACGUUUACGUCAACUCGAAAACGAUCGGCGAGUAUCAGUGCGUGGCGUGGUUUGGUGCCUCAGCAAUCGCCUCGAUCCCAGCCCGGCUAACCCUAGCCUCGAUCAGCCUGGACAGUAAUAGUAUUAACAGUGGCACCAGCACCAGCAGUAUUAGCGAUUAUGGAAGACGACCUGAUCAAGUGCCGACCAUGAUGCGCAGGGUCUUCUCCCAGCCUCAGCAGCGACUACGAAUCUCUCCGGGAAAUAGUAUUAUCAUCAAGUGUGGUGAAGUGGCGUCCAAUCCACCGGCCAUCUGGAGCUAUUACAAAGACGAAAAGGCCAUCCCAGCUGAUGCUCAUCAGCUACCAUCCGGUGGUCUGAUUUUAUCCCAGCUAAAUCCAUCGGAUUCAGGAACAUACCGUUGUUCUGCCGUCAACACAAUCACCGGGACCGAAUUAAAACUUCCCCAGAAGACAACUAUUAUGAUCGAGUACACACCUCGAGCGCCACCGAUGGCGAUCUACAAGCCGCAGAACGUGUCCGCUACUCCGGGAUCGGUGGCUUUGCUGGAAUGUCCAGGCAUUGCGAAUCCGAUUCCCCAUCCUUCGUGGUUCAGGAGAGAUGGAUUGGCCAUCAGCGAUCACUCCCAAAUACUACCCUUUGGGUUGCAGAUUGAUGACGUCAGUCCUGCGGAUCAGGGCGAGUACAUGUGCCGGAUGGAUAACGGAGUGGAGCCGGCCCUGGUUCAUGUGAUCAAGUUGACUGUGCUGGAACCUCCGAAGAUCGUUGAACCUCCGAAGCCGACGCUUACGAAUGAGAGCGAUAGCUUAGAGCUAGAGUGUAUAGCCAAGGGUUCACCAGCUCCGGACAUUUACUGGAUGAUCAAUGGGGAUUAUACCAAGUGGGAUCCGCUGAUAAAGGCUAAUGGAUCGAAGCUGCUGAUCAAGUCAGUUGAGAAGAAGCAUGCCGGUAUUGUUCAGUGUUUCGCGAGGAAUGAAGUGGGUGAGACUAGCGAGGGAAAUUUGCUGCAGGUCAAUCCCAAACAGAUCCCCGGGGGUGUUGAAUCAUCUCCUCUUGGGUCGGUACCUUCUGGGAAGCAAUCCGGAGGAGAGCAUGGCGGAAAACGAGGAGGAAAAGGUGGAAAGAAACACAAACAUUUGGUUAUGAUCCCACCUUCAAGGCCAAAUAUCACCCGGCUCUCGGACGAAUCGGUGAUGGUGCGGUGGCUGGUCCCUUCGAGUGACGGCCUUCCGAUUCAGUUCUUCAAGGUUCAGUACCGGAUGCUGGGAGACCCCUCGAAAAACAUCGCCCGGACCCAGUGGAUGACCGAAAACGAAGACAUCCCACCGUACACCCGAUCCUACGAGGUCAACGGACUCAAAUCGGACCACUUCUAUCGGUUCCGGAUAGUGGCCGUCUACUCGAACAACGACAACAAGGAAGGUGCCGCCUCCGGAAAGUUCCACCUCCAAAAGGAAUCUCAGCUGGGUCACCCCAAGAACCAUCUCCUCGCUCCAACGCUCACUCGGAUUGAACCGGUCUCUCAACAUGCGAUCGUCCUCCAUUGGCAGUUUCCGCAACAUCUGCCACAUCCCAUCGAUGGGUUCUACGCGUACUACCGACCCGCUACCACGGCCGGGGAGUACUCGAAGGCUACCGUGGAUUCAGCAACCUCUCGCCAUUUCAAGAUCGAUCAUCUGGAACCGGGAACGGCGUACGAGUUCAAGCUGCAGUCAUUCACGGCGGCAGCGGCUUCUGAUUUUAGUGCCAUCCUUACCGGGAAAACGCUUAAGCCACCGACGCCGGCUACGCUGGCCCCGACGGUUCUUUCUCCGUCGGAAGUUGGAGACGGGACUAGUGAGGUUCCGAACUACGUUUACAUGGGUGUCGGAGGUUUUGUGUUGGUGCUUGGCGGAAUUAUUCUGUGCUGCUGCUGCUGUGUGGCAUGCAAGAAAAAGCGGGGACCCGGUGUUGACGAACCGGACACCAAAUCGCACAUCCAGGUCGAACAGAACGGCUAUCCGGGAUCCGGAAUGACGAACGGUGGACCCCGAUCGCACCACCACAAGGCCCGAAACGGAAUCACAACCCGGAUGAACAUCACGCCCAACCCGUUGGCCCAGGAUGGUGAUAAGAAUCGCAAUGUGAUGGAGCUGCGCUUCCUGCCUCCCUCCUCGAUGAUGAUGGUGACGUCGUCGGCAGGUCCACCCGCCGAUUGUGGCAGCCUGUCCUCAUCCGUCGGGAGUCUCCCCGGUGGUCCAAUUGGUGUUGGUGGUGGUGGUGGUGGUAUUGGUGUUGGUGGGGGUAGCUUUUCCACAUCCUCCUGUGGCAGCGGCGGUGGCGGUACAAUGACCAUGACCAACAACAACAACAACAACGGAUCUUACCCUAAUACUAAUAACAACAAUCACCAUCACAACAACUCUCCGCAUCAUCCCGCACAUCACCAUCAUCCGCAUCAUUACAACCAUCAUCAACAGCAUCAGAUCCAGCAUCAUCAGCUGACGAAUCAGACGGUGAUCAAUGGGAAUGGGCCGAUGGCAGUUGGAGUGGUUGGAGUGGCCGGUCCGGAACAUCUGAUGCUGGCCUCGAUGCCCCACCGGAGAACUUUGGAGCGGAGCAUGCGCAAUCUACACCAUGGGCAUGGACACGGGCAGCAUGGCGUAGGCAUGAACGGGGGAGGUUCGGUCGUUCCGCUGGACCAGCAGAAGAUGAUGCUGGAUGCGGGGGAUUGCGGCGUCACCACUACAGUAGGGGCCGGAGUUGGAAUCGUCCUCGGGCCGUCUCGAAACAACUCGUCCAUCCGAAGGACUCGGCGAGGGUCCGGAUCGGUUCCGGGAAGUCCGCGGGUAGGUCGCGGUCCCAGUGCCGAACUGCUGCAGCACAAUCGAUCGCCGAUGCCAAUUCGGGCGGCGGCCAGCGGUGUCAAGCGGGCGGCUCGACUAGGCCGUGCCGAAAAUAUGUCCUCGGGCAGUUUGAACAGUAUUGAAGUUUGAAAAUGGGAGAGGGACGACGGAAGGUAGCUAUCAAUCGAGGUAAGAAAUUUGUACGCUUUUAUCUUUGGUUCAAAUCUACAAACUUCAUUUUUCAAAAUAACGAAUUAAGAAGAAAGAGAGAAAAAAAAUCAUAUUUUUGAUGCAAUAAGAGAAUCCUUCUACAGGAUCCACCUACUGAAUCUAUCUCCUAUCUAAGCAUACAAAAAAAAAUCUUCUAUCUACUUAACUGAGAUUUAAAGUUCAGAAUGCAAAUUCAGGAUUAACAACCCAGCAAUACGGACACAACUCAGAAGUAAGAACUUAGAUUGAAGAAUUCAGAAAUUGAAAACAAAAAGUAUUGAGACUAAAGAGCUCAGAACAAAGGCUUCACAAUUUCAAAAUUAAUAAAAAAAAAAAACAAAUCAAUAACCUCGAAAUGAAAAAAUAAAAAUCCAAGGUAAAAAUUGACAAAUUAAAAUUGUAAAAUGCGAACUCAGAAUUGCGAAUUUUGUAUUGAGAGUUUGAAAAAGGAAUGCAAAAUUGAGAGUAAGGAAUCCAGAAUAGAUCUCAGAAACCGAAGUUAGGAAUUAAGAAUACAGAAAAAAAAAUGAACAGAACUGUAAAGUUCAGAAUUGAGAAUUCAGAAUUGAGAGAAUUCAGAAUUGUGAAAAUUCAGAAUUGAGAAUUGAAAAAUCAGAAUAAAAAAUAUCAGAAUUGAGAGAAUUAAGGAUUGAGAAUCGAGAGUUCGGAAUUGAGAAUUGGGAAUUCAGAGUUGAGAAUUUAGAACUCAGAAUUGAAAAUUCUGAUAUUAAAUUGAUAGUUCAGAAAUGAAAAUAAAGAAUUGAGAAGCAAAAUUUGAAAAAUUCUGGAUAAAGAAUUCAGCAUUCAGAAUUUAGAAUUCCAAACAAUUCAGAAUUGAGAAAUCAGAUUUUAAAAUUCCAAAUUAAGAACUCAGAAUUGAGAACUCAGAAUUGAGAACUCAGAAUUGAGAAUUCAGAAUUGAAAUUCAGGAUUGGGAAUCAAAAUUUAGAAUUUUGAAUUUAGCAUUCAGAAUUGAAAAUUCAGAAUUGAGAAUUCAGAACUGAAAAUUCCAAAUAGAUAAUUCCAAAUUGAAAAAUCUGAAUUGAGGAUUCAGAAUUGAGAAUUUGAAAUGGAGAAUCCAAAGUUAAGAAUUCCAAAUUGAGAAUUCAGAAUUGAGAAUUCAGA